AUGAACGAUACAGAAACUUCUGAUUCCAUCGAUUCAUUUGGAAUUUCGUCCGUUAUUCUUAUUUACUCUGUCGUCUCAAUGUUUGCUCUUCUCAUUCUGAUUUUCCCAUUCUACGUGGUUGUAAUUAGAGCGAAUCGGAAAAAAGACAAAUUGCUAACUGUAUACCCAAUCAUCAGUCAUUUCUAUAAGGCUAUCCGUUUUUUCUAUUCAAUUCUUUUCAUCUUUAUAAUAUAUGUGAUUUAUCGUUGCUACGCUUAUCCUGAUAUAGGGUAUAUAGAAACUCUACAACUUACCUCAAUAAUUGGAACUCUUUCCCUUAUGGCAAUUUUCGUACAAGCUCAUAAUUUUUUAAUUAUUCUUUUGUCUUUUCAACGAUUUUACAUAUUCUUUUAUCAGAAAGAACGCUCUAGGAACACUGGAAAGUAUAUUGAGCUGAAUGCUGUAAAGAUUUAUCUGUUGUUUUACAUCCUUCAUAUACUUUUUGUAAUUUGGUAUAUACGGGAAUUCACAUCGAGGGAUAUCAUGUUCUUGACUUACAUGAUUUUCUACGGGUUUCUGAACUUUGUACUUUUAUUAUCUUCGUUUUUAUAUGUACCGAUGGUUUUGAAAAUUAGAAGGCUCACGAGUAUUAGCUCUUCGAACCACCAUGAAAACCUCAAGUACAUUUUCUAUCAAACGUUGACAAUUGUUUUAUUUAAACUGUCACAUACCUGGGCGGUAUGCUUUUUGGAAACUGGAAAUUAUACACUUGAAAACUAUAUUCUUCUUUUUUUAUUCAUGGAUUUGAUAUCGACACCAAGUUUAAUACAAGUUUCAUAUCUACUAUGUAACAGUAAAAACGUGGGAGUUAUUCGCAAUCUUAUGAAGUUUGAUAAAAUCAGAUCUACAAAUUGGAUGCCAUCGCUACGAAGUUCUAGAGUACAUUCAACGCAUCAGGCAGAUAUGACGACUAGCAGAGUUUGA